AUGAUAACAUUUUUUGGACAUUCAGACCACUCUACUCCAAAUGUAUCACCUAUAUCAUCCCCUAUAAUGCCUAUACAAUACAACGAUUCAUUAGUUCCUGAAUCAGUUGUACCAAUUUCAGAACCUAACGAUGAAGGAACUAUAAAUUCAUCAACCUCACCAGAAUUAACAACACCAAACCCACAAAGAAGAAGCAGACAUAUGGGAACCUAUAGGACUGGCCAAAAAGGAAAUGAUAGCGAAAGAAUUAAUAAUAAUAGCAAUAAAGAUAAGAGUAAAAGUAAUAGUAAUAGUAAUAAUAGUAAUAAUAGUAAUAAUAGUAAUAAUAGUAAUAAUAGUAAUAAUAGUAUAAAUUAUAAUAUGAAUAAUAGAAAUGAUAUAGAUAAUAUUAAUAGCCCAAAAUAUAUGAAUAUUAAUAGUGUCAACAAUAAUGACAAUAAUAUAGGUAAUAAUACUAAUAGUAUAAAUAAUAAAGAUAAUAAAGAUAAUAAUAAUAAUAAUACGAACAAUAUGAAUAACGAUAUGGGUAACAAUAGUGCGAAUAUUUUAGCAAAUCCAAUAGGGUCAUUAUAUUGUAAUAGUUCUAAUUACCAUAUAGUAAUUAAUAAAGAUGCUUUUUCAAAUAUAUUUUCACCAUUCAAUACUCCAAAGAAAGAUGAUAAUAGUAUUAAUAACAACACAGAAUCACCAUUCUCAACACCAAAUAAAAAUUUUCCUGAAAGCAAUCUUGUAAAUAAUUAUAUUCCAAAUCCAAACUUUUAUCAAACGCAACAAAGUGAAACAAACAAUAAUACCAAUAAUAUAGUUAACAAUAAUAAUAAUAAUAAUAAUAAUAGUAAUUGUAAUAAUAAUGUUAAUAAAAACCAUUCAGCAUCCUCCAGUACAUCGUCAAUGAAAAGAUUGGCAGAAACAGAUUUAAUGGGUUCAAAUAAAAAAAAGAAGGUUGAUAAUUUUGGUAUUUUUUAUUAUAUAAACCCAAAGUUUGGUCCUCUAGCUUUUAAAAUUCAAACAAAAACUUUUUCAAUUGGAAGUAAAAAAAACAAUAAUAUCCCAAUUAUACCAGACCAUAUUAAAAAAACUUAUGCAUAUGUAACGGUCGAAUCAAAGAGGGUUUACAUAAACAACUAUAAUCAAUCACAAGUUAAGGUUAAUUGUAAAGAAUUAACAACCGAAACUGAAUUGGUAGAUGGUGAUAUUAUAAAUAUAAAAGAAAUUUUUUUUACUUUUAAAACAAAACCAUAUUUAGAUAAGGAUAAAGAAAGAGAAAACUCACCAAUUAUAGAGGAGUUAAGUAACAAUGACCAUUGCAACGAUGAAAAAGAAUAUAAUAAUAAUAGCAAUAGCAAUAAUAAUAGCAAUAGCAAUAAUAAUAGCAAUAGCAAUAAUAAUAGCGAUAGCAAUAAUAAUAGCAAUAAUAAUAGCAAUAAUAAUAGCAAUAAUAAUAGCAAUAGCAAUAAUAAUGCACAAUCAAAUACCAAAGCAAAAGAAUACAACCCAAAGAAGCCAGAGUUUGAAGCUAAGAAAAGAAAGGAAAUUAAUUCAAGAUCAAGAGGAACAUCGAUACCAACCAAAUCAUCAAAAAUUAAAACUAUCUCAAAAAACCCAUCGAAAUUAAAAUCAACUAAACAAAGAAAACAAUUGGAUGAGCAAAUAGAAAAAGAAGUACCAAAAAUAACUUUAUCCAAUAAAACCCUACAACCCAAUAAAAACAAUCAAAUUACCCCUUAUAACUUUAAUACAAAGACAUUUAGUGUAUCAGAAUUUUUCCAAACUCAGGAUAGAGAGAAUGUCACACAGUUUAUCAGAAAUAGCCAUGGUCGUUUAGAAGCUGAACUAAAUAUAAAUACAAAUUAUUUAAUUAUUCCAAACAACUUUAUUUUUCCAACUUAUAAAUUCAAAACCUAUAAAGCUAGAGCAAAGAUUGUUAAAGAAAAUUCACUUUAUGAUGGCAGUUUAACAGAAGAAAAGCUCCAAAAUCAACUCUUUGGAAAAAAAAAAUAUAGUGUGUACCCAUCAAAAAUUGAAUUAUCUAAUAAUGAAGAUAUGAAGAAAAGAAUUGAAGAAAAUGAUCUAAUUAAAAAAACUUUAGGAUAUAAUGUUCGUGCUAGCGAUUUUAGAGACGAUAUAUUCCAUGAACUUUGUCAUUUAUCAAAAUUCUCAACCAUCGAAUACGAUUCCCGUUUAGAUAAAAAAAAAGUACAUUAUGUCGUAUGUUUAAUUCAACCUCCCUCGGGUUUGUUUGAUUCAACAAAAUAUGAAACCUUGGUUACACUGGAUUGGUUUUUUGAUUGUUUAAAACAAAAAGAACUCGUUGACCAUAAAGAAAAACCGAACUUGUACACCUAUCAACACAUAUUAAAUUAA